UGCCGGUUCCAGACGGCUACGCGACUACGAGCUACGCCGCCGUAGAGUAUCUACGAAUAUUCUGCCGCCAAUAUUCAAAAAAUUUGGUCAAUCUAUUGAAACACGUGAACUGUUUUGUGGUUAUUGUUCAAUUUUAAUUUAUUAAUUGUUAUUAUUGUUGUGUAUAGUGUCAAAAAAAUUAAAGAUACGGUCCAUGGUCACUUAAGACGAGAUGCGCAGUCAAGGGCUACACGUUUCUUAGAUAAGUCGAUUCGGCUACGACGGUUCGUGAUAAAAAAUUUCGUUUAAAAGCUUAAAAAUGGAGAAGAAUAUACGACAGCUACGCCAGAGCCGUCACGAGGUCGUGACGUGACAUGCCGCUAGUGCACCCGUACAUCAUGCCUUCGCAAUUUGCCGCCAUAUUAUUGUGGCUGGCUGGAAGUGUGCUAUGUCUGCGAGACAUCCAGCUAAGCGUACCCGAGGCCGUGGGCGUUGGCACUAGUACGACUCUGGGCUGCCGCUGGGCACUGGACAUAGGCGAGGCGCUCUACACCGUGAAAUGGUACCAUGGUGCUCAGGAGUUCUUCCGCUUCGUGCCAAAGGAGAUGCCAAAUACGCGCGUAUUCUCUCAAACUGGAAUCAGUGUUGACGUGUCACGUUCGGGGGCCCACCAAGUGGUCCUCCGCGUGGAGACGCGCGGACUUAGCGGGCGCUACCGUUGUGAGGUCUCUGCCGACGCACCCUACUUCCACACGGUCUUCAAAAGCGCUUACAUGCGUGUUGUUGAUCUGCCGCCGGCUGGGCCGACGGUACAGACUGCAAAAAGUUGGUAUUCGCCGGGCGAUCGACUAGAGGCUAACUGCACCACCCCAGCUUCUGACCCGCCCCUCAACCUUACGUGGCUGAUCAACGGACAAAAGCCAAAAGGACGAGAUAUAUUCAUGCGCGGGGUAUCUUACACGCCGCCCAGAAAGUCUGUGUUAACCGACGCGUCACUCGAAGAUGUAAAUAGGAUUAUAUUCAGCCCAUGGGAUGCAAUUUCUGGGUACGAGGAACCGGUAACUGACAGUGUUAUAGACAUUCCGGGCAAUAUCGAUGCUCUGACCGAGAACGAUGGAAAACGGAAAAAUAAGAACGAGAGCUCGCUUGCACCCGCCACCGAACAAAUGGCGAAUAAAUUGAAGACUACCAAUGAGGAAGAGAGACCUAAUAAAUCGGCCUCCUUCUCACAAUUACACAUGACUGUUGAGCCUGUACACUUCCACAAAGGUCGUAUAAACCUGACGUGUGUGGCGAGCAUGUUCUCCGUAUGGUCGGCCAGCGGCAUCGUCCUUCUCGAUGAAGAGAGGCCGCAGAUCGCCUCUGUCAUGGGCAGCCGGAAUUCCAAUUCAGGUCUUCGUCAUUCCACGUCACAUGCUGGUGCCUUUGCCCUGCUCAAUUGUCUAUUGUAUAGGCAUUGGUUAAUGCGAUGAUCUGGAGAAUAAAAUCGUCCCGUCUUGCAAUUUUCUCAUCUCAAAUCAGUGUUAGACUAAAGUUUUAGUGAUUAAAUUGAAAGUUUAAAGACUAUGCAGGUAAUUAAAAAAGUUUUAUCAAACACGUGAGUUGGAUGUAGUGAAUUUUAUACCUACUUGUAAAUAACUAGUUUUAUAUAGACCUUCUAAGGAAAAAUAGUGAUGUUUUGCUUGACGAACUUUAUGUACGUAACUGUUAUUUCAAUGUAAGAAUCGUAAAAUAAAGGAUCCCA